AUGCUUUAUAAACAGCGACUUCCUGUGCCGCGGCCGAAGGCAGCGUCAGCGGCGCAGUUGCGUUUCCCUCCUGCACACUGCGACGCUUUCGCCGGGGCCUUCGCGGGGCUCCAAAACCGGCCUUACGGAGUGCUGGCAGCCCCCGCUGCUGCUGCUGCUGCUGCUGCUGCUGCUGCAGCGAAGAUGUUCGAGUGCAGCCUGGACGGGCUGACGCUGCGGCGAAUCUUCGAAGCCCUCAAAGACACCUGCGCAGAAGUCAACUUCGUCUGCGACGCUGAGGGCUGCUGCAUGCAGGCCAUGGACGACAGCCACGUGGCCCUCGUCAGCACUCACUGGGGAAUCGACCUUUUCCACAAGUACAGAUGCGACGCCCAAGUCACCCUAGGUUUGUCCGUGCCGACGCUGCUGAAGGCGCUGCAGCCGGUGAAGUCGAACAAACAAAUUGUUCAUCUUUCGACUUUGAAGGGAAGCGACGAAGACGGCGAAGUGCUGCACAUAGCCAUCGAGGAUCCCGAGCGGACAGGCCUAGCCAGAAUCCAUGCAGCGCAGCAGCAGCAGCACCAGCAGCAACUGCGGCAGCAGCAGCAGCAGCAGCAAGAGGCGCAGCAGCAGCAACUGCGGCAGCAGCAGCAAGAGCAGCAGGAGCAGUAG